AACUUGCAUACGUUCUCGCAACCUAUUCUUAUACAAAACUCUACGAUCGGAGAUGGACUCGGACGAAUUGUAUCCCAUUGCCGUCCUUAUCGACGAACUCAAGGCGGAAGACAUCAACCUACGACUCAACGCUAUACACCGCAUAUCCACCAUCGCGCUCGCCCUCGGUCCGCAGCGUGCGCGAGAGGAGCUUGUUCCUUUUCUUCAGGAAAGCCUCGACGAUGAGGACGAGGUUCUGCUUGCGCUAGCAGACGAGCUUGGGAGGGGAUUGGAGGAUCAGUUAGGUGGAAAGGCGUUUGCGUAUCUAUUGCUGGGACCGCUAGAGAACCUCGCUACGGUGGAAGAGACGCUCGUUCGAGAGAAGGCAACCGAGUCGAUGACAAAAAUCUGCGCUGUCCUCAUUCCCCCACAACACGAAGAGUAUUUUGUCCCUCUUGUGAAGCGACUGUCUUCUGGGGAAUGGUUCACAAGCAGAACCUCCGCUUCUGCACUUUACGCGCCCGUUUAUCCCUUCGUUAGCGAACCCACCAAGGCUGAGCUUCGCAAGGGUUUCCACCAGCUCGGGGCCGAUGAUACCCCUAUGGUGCGCAGGGCUGCUGCGAAGCACCUUGGGCCUUUCACGAAAACCCUUGCGAAGGAACAUGUCGUUACCGACGCCAUCCCUGUGUACCGCCGACUGGCAGCCGACGACCAGGACUCGGUCAGGCUACUCACCGUUCAGGACCUCAUAAUUAUUGCACAAUUGCUGGAUAGUUCGCAGGUAAAGGACCAGUUGCUGCCGUCGAUCAGACAGUCGGUAGGGGACAAGAGCUGGAGGGUCAGGUAUAUGGUCGGAAACAACUUCGUAGAGCUGGCAGAGGCUGUCGGCAAGGAGAUCGUACAGGAUGAGAUGGUCGGAGCAUACGUACAGCUGCUGAAGGACAACGAGGCGGAAGUCCGUACUGCUGCUGCCGGUCAACUGCCUGGGUUCAGCAAGCUCCUCGAACCCGAAGUCAUCCUCACGCGUGUCCUGCCUUGUGUCCGCGACUUGUCAACGGAUGCUUCGCAGCACGUACGGGCAGCUCUAGGGAAGGAGAUCAGCGGUUUGGCACCACUUCUCGGCAAGGAUGCCACCAUUGAGCAACUCCUCCCCCUGUUCCUUCUUCUCCUGAAAGAUGAGUUCCCAGACGUACGACUCAACAUUAUCAGCAAGCUGGAGCAAGUCAAUGCCGUCAUCGGGAUUGAUCUUCUUUCUCAGUCGCUCCUCCCUGCCAUCGUCGAGCUUGCUGAGGAUAAGCAAUGGCGCGUCCGACAAGCGAUCAUUGAAUAUAUCCCCCUGCUCGCUACGCAACUCGGCGUGCAAUUCUUCAACGAGCAGUUGAGCAAUCUCUGCAUGCAAUGGCUUGGCGAUACCGUCUUCUCGAUCCGGGAAGCUGCGAUCGUCAACCUCAAAAAGCUGACGGAGGUGUUCGGUGUCGACUGGGCGAAGACUACAAUCGUACCCAAGGUCCUUGCGAUGGGCAAUCACCCGAACUAUCUGUUCAGGAUGACAACGAUCUUCGCUAUCACGACCUUGGCACCAGUCCUGAAUCUUGAGGUCACCCGCGACCUCGUACUCACCACCGUCAUCCAGCUCGUCGGCGACCCGAUCCCAAACAUCCGCUUCAACGUAGCCAAGGCUUUGGAUGUCAUUUCGGAGAAUCUGUCCUCGUCUCCAGAGGGUCGCGAGCUUGGUCGUGCCCGAAUCUUGCCUCAACUGGAGACGCUGCGAAAUGACAACGAUCCUGACGUGAGGUACUUCGCGAUGCGGGCGCUAGAUAAGGCGGGGUCAAGGAAAUGAGGCCUGGAACCCGAAUAGAACAACUGCCCCUUAAUGAUCGAGGCUCGUGUGCGAGGUCAUCAUGAGAUUCCGGGACUUUCUGUUGAGCGAUGAGACUUGUGAUGUUUGUGUGAAUGCUGGAGAUGCAUUUAUAUACCCUUGUGCUUGUGUGCUUUUGGCGACGGGCAUAUUUCCAUUCUCUGCUGUCAUGAAGAGAAAUAGUUUACUUGAGAAUGAC